UGCGAGUGGCGCCGGACGCGUAGUGUGCUAGUGCUGGCUGCUGGCGACCGGCGCUGGACGCGGCGUGUGACGGGGAGGUGCACGUCUAUACACAUUUCCGAUUUUCUCGUAAACAACACACACCAUGGGAGUGCCGGUGGAAAUAGAAAAUAUACCCCCCAAAGGAUGGGGAGUGCGGCAUACUCAAACUAUCCUUCUUUUUUUUGGCAUGCUGUUGGCAUUCACCAUGCGAGUCAACAUGAGCAUGGCCAUUGUCGACAUGACCAGUAACAAUACAGCUAUCGCCAAUGAGACCAAUGUAGAGAAUAUCGACAUGACCAAUUCAGACAUGGCCAGUGAGAAUAUAACUAGUGCCAGUACAGAGGCCAACAAAGGAGUGCAUUUCGAUUGGGACCUGCAGCAGCAGAGCAUGAUCCUGUCGUCGUUCUUCUGGGGCUACGUGGUGCUGCAGGUGCCGGGGGGAGAGCUGGCCAAGCGGCUGGGCGGCAAGCUGCUCAUCACCAUCUCGGUCGCUGUCAACUCCCUGAUAUCGCUGGUGCUGCCCAUCAGUGCGCAAAUUGGAGACUGGAAGUUCGUGAUCUUCUGGCGCGUGCUGCAGGGGCUCACGCAGGCGUUCGUGUACCCCUCCAUGCACCACCUCGUGAGCCAGUGGAUCCCGCUGGAGGAGAAGGGGCGCCUCAGCACCAUCAUAUAUGCUGGUGGUCAGCUGGGUAUCGCCCUGCAGCUGAUAGCGUCGGGUUUCCUGGCCACGGCGUGGGGUUGGCAGGCCAUCUUCUACACCAACGGCGUGCUGGGCCUGGCCUGGACCCUCGCCUACUGCUUCCUGGGCUCGCAGUCUCCGGAGGCAUCCAAACGUAUUGCCAAGGAGGAACUGUCGUACAUACAAACUUCUUUAGGAAGGGUUGGGGAGCAAAAGAAAUACCCAACACCAUACAAAAAGAUUGCCCUCUGCCUGCCGUUCUGGGCCGCGGUCAUCGCGCACUGCGGACAGAACUGGGGUUUCUUCACACUCAUGACAGAGAUGCCAACCUACAUGAAGGAAGUGCUGCACUUCAACCUGGCUAAGAACGGGAUCCUAUCAUCACUGCCAUACCUGGCCAUGUUCCUACUCAGCUUCCCCAUGGGCAUCCUGACCGACCUCAUCAUCCGGCGCAACUGGCUCAGCGUCUCCAACACCAGGAAACUCUUCAACUCUAUCGGUUUGUGGGGCCCAGCGUUGGCGUUGGUCGGCCUGGCGCUUGCUCCGUCGCACAUCGACUGGCUGCCGGUGGUCAUGCUGGUCAUUAGCGUUGGCAUCAACGCUGGACAGUAUACCGGCUUUAUGCUGAUCUCCAUCGACCUGGCGCCUAACUUCAGCUCCAACCUCAUGGGCAUCUCCAACUUCUUCGCCAACGUCAUCAGCAUCAUCGCGCCUCUCGUCUGCGGGGUCAUCGUUCAUGAUAAGACGGACCCUCAGGAGUGGCACAAGGUGUUCUACUUGGCGUCAGGAAUCUACUUCUUCACCAACCUGUUCUUCAUCCUGUUCACCACCUCCGAGCAGCAGAGCUGGAACGAGCCUGACAUCGACAUGGACGUUGAAACCAGAAGUCGUCAAAAAUCCAGCAGUCUGCACUGAGAUGAGUGUUAUCAAGAAUAUUUUAUUUUAUUUAUAAUUAUUGUACCUGACGUUAUUAAUUGUUGUAAAUAUUUUAUUUUAAUAUACAAAUAUUGAUGAAUACAAACAUCUGAUACAUUUCAAAUAUAAUUUAUUAUUUUAAAGGGAAUGAUUUUAACAUGACCCCAUAUCUAUAGGCCCUGGUCCUAAAGCCCAUCUCAGUUUCCUCAGACUAUUCAUUAGGAGAUUGUUCCUAUAAACCUCUUAAGGCCAUCAUCGCCUUAAACUAUGAAUAUCAAGUAACUGUGCAUUACCCGGCCCCUCGUUAACAUGCAAAUCAGUGGUCGCCGCAGAUACUUGCGCGGUAGAGCGGCUGGAACAAGGAACCAUAAGACUUGGUAUACGUUUCACUAUCUUAUUAUAUGUUUUCAUGUCACUAGCUCGGAAAAAUGACUUAAUAGUACUUAUGUAUAUUAUGUUAAAUAACUCAAUCAUAUGUUUUUAUUUCUUAUUUCUAUUUCAAUUUCUAAUAUACCUACUCGUAGUAGGUAUAUUAGAAAUUUUAGAUUUCGUAGUUUUCAUUAAAAAUUGUAAUGCCUUCUUUUUGACCGUCGUCUCUUUUUUAUAAUGAAAAAAUAAAAAGAAUAUAAUUGUAAUGAAUACCGAAAAUCUAACCUCGUUUACACAUUCAAAAGAUGUGACCUUAUGAAUAUUAAUGACAUAUUUCCUAUACAAUAGGAAAGAAACCCCGUUGAUCUGGAAUCAUCGAAGUUGAGCAGCAAUAGGUAGGUAGGUCUUAUAGAGCUCUACUACUACUAUAAACGCUUAAGCUGAUUUAAUAAUAAUUUCAUUAAUUGUUUGGAGCUGUUAGAGAAAAAGGUUAUACUGUAAGGUGAGCCUUUACGAGAUCCGCCGCCGCAUUAUUUGCAUAAGGCUUUUAGGGGCUUUUCCUAACAAAAAAAGUUUACACCAUGGGGUUUAAGUCGGUUGAAGUCCAACAUAACUUUCUCAUAACCUCCCCGUGGCGAGAAGGUAUCCAUGAGGAUUUCCCCAUUUUAGAGUAGAGGUAGGGUAGGGGUAGGGUUGGGUAGGUGUACCUUGGGUAGGAGUAGGGUGGAAGUACAAUAGGAUUUGGGUAGGGAAUAAAUCAAAGCAAAGAUUGACCGGGUCCCCUAGUGUUAUAUAAAUAUGAAUGUUUGUUUGUAUUUUUGUUUUGUUUGUUUGGCUUCUACGCCUAGAGAAUUGGUGAUGCUAUAAAAAAAUCAUGUAACUAGGUGGCAAUACAAAAGUUCGAUAAAUAAAAAAUCGUACCGUAUGAAUUGACACGCAAAUGAAAAUGUGUGCAUCAAUUACUGAGGCAUACAUACUCUUUUGUUACUUACGAGUAGUAAAGAUUAAACAGAAAAUAUUUACACUUUAAUUUUUACACGCUUUAUAUUAGCUUCACUUGUAACUAUGUAAGAAAGUCUUGGAAUCUUAAUUUGCCCCACUUCCCAGUCUUCGUGUAGGAUGAAAUUUUGCACACGCUCUGAUCUCUCUAAAUCCUUACUCUUUACGAAACACGUCGCGCCACCUAGCGUCGGCACAAGUCAAUACAAGAUCGAGCGACGUCAUAUCCAUCCUAGACUGCUAUUUCCAACAAAUGAUUCACCAAUUACAUCGCUUGGUAGUUCUCGUGCGUCUUUGCCGGUAGAAUGGUGUAUUUUUUUAGUUUAGAAAUUAUAAAAACUUAUAUUGACCCGAGCUGGAAAUCAAAGCCAGGUCCUCUCUGUUGAGGUCAACAUAGAGGUCGAAACAUAAUAAUGUUAGCCACAUACCUGCAAUAAUAAAGAUCUAAUUAGCCUUUCCGAAGAUAUCGACGUGUAUGAUAAUUAUAUAUCAAUCAAUAUUCAUUUAAUAUCAAAUCAAACUUAAAUUCAGAUAAAUAAGUAAUUAAACAUAUUUAUUCACAAUGUUACAUCAAGUUUACAUUCGUAUAAAUGUCUCCGUUUCGGCACAGCUGUCAAACAGUGGGCUUGUUCCUGUCGGCGCACAAUGAAGAUCCUGUUGCUGUGUGUGAUCGCGCUGGCGGCCUACGUCGCCGCCGCACCUGAGCCGCACGCCGCACCGGAGCCGCACGCCGCACCGGAGCCGCACGCCGCACCCGGGCCGCAGCCGGGUCGCGGUUCGAAGCCCGUGACACAGGCGCCGCCUCCUCGCCCGCGCCGCGCUGCUAAUACUGCUGACUAUCAACGGACUGCACAGUUCAUUCCAUAGCCAUACUACAACCACAUUACAGAUACAGUAACUUGUACUGUAUACUUAACAAUUUUCAUAAAUAAAGCUUGAAAAAUUAAGGACUUUCUAUGGAACACAUCUGUUUUCACCCAUAUUUAUUUGUUUUUUUUUGUACUUGAAUAAAUUAUUUAAAUCAAAUA